AUGGCCCUGUGGCCCAAAAACUAUAGCACAAGCUCUGAGUUCAUCAUCCUGGGCUUUGGGGAGCUGGCUGAUCUGAAAUUCUUCUUCUUCGGGAUCUUCCUCCUCAUGCAUCUCAUCACGCUCGCAGGCCACACCACCAUCGUCCUCAUCACCCUGGUGGACUCCUGCCUGCAGACCCCCAUGUAUUUCUUCCUUCGCAACCUGUCCGCCAUCGAAAUUUGUUAUAUACUCGUCAUUGUCCCCAACAUGCUGGCCAACUUUCUGACCAGUAGCCAGCGGAUGCCCUUCCUGGGCUGUGCCCUGCAGAUGCACCUCUUCAUUGCCCUGGGUGGUGCCGAGUGCUUCCUCCUGGCUGUCAUGGCCUAUGACCGCUUUGUGGCCAUCUGCAACCCCCUGCGCUACACACUCAUCAUAACCAGACCUCUUUGCCUGGCCAUGCUGGCCCUGGCUUGCACCAGUGGCUUUGCUCUCUCUCUCACCCUGACUACACUCAUUUUCCUCCUGCCCUUCUGCAACUCCCGCGAGAUCAACCACUUCUUCUGUGACAUCCCGGCAGUGCUCUUCCUGGCCUGCUCUGAUACUCGGACCAAUGAGAUUGCAGUCUUCAUUGUCUGCCUGCUCAUCCUGCUCAUUCCCUUCUUGCUUAUCCUGCUUUCCUAUGCCUUCAUCAUCGCUGCCAUCCUCCGAAUCCAGUCAGCAGAAGGCCGAAGCAAAGCCUUCUCCACCUGUGCCGGGCACCUGCUUGUCUCUCUCCUGCACUACGGCUGUGCCAUCUUCAUCUACAUUCGUCCCAAGUCGUGCUACACUCCAGAACAGGACAAAAUUGUGUCCCUCAUCUACACCAAUGUCACGCCCAUGCUCUAUCCCAUGAUCUAUAGUCUGAGGAACAAGGAGGUCAAGGGUGCCCUUAAGAGACUACUGGAAAGCCACAGCCAGAUGUGGCAGAAGCCUGCUGCCAGGUGA